UGCAAGAGGCUGGUAAACAGUGUUUAUGUGUGCUUACUCUCCACUACACCACUGACACUGACUGUAAAAUGGUAAUACAUUGUGCUUAAAGCAGUAACUAUAACACAACCCAUAUGCUUAUCGUCAGCAGUAAUGGUCUGGCCAACCCUCAGAGACUGGUUCCUCUUUAGGUUUCAUGCUAAGUUUGGACCCUACUGGGGAGUUUUUCAUAGCCGUUGUGCAUUCGAUUUGGCUUGCUCUUUGAGGUUUCAGGCUGGGUAUCUGUACGAGCACUUUGUGACAACCGCUGAUUACUAGGGCUUUAUUAAAUAAAUGUUAUUGAUUGAUUUGACUGCAGGAAAUAUGUUCACAUGACUACAGGUAAAAUACAGCUGUCUCUGGGAGGUACCAGAGUUGGUUAGUACAAUUCCCAAUUCUGUCCAUCCCUACCCAGAAGAAUGGUGAUGGCAACAUCACUUCUCUUGCAUCAGGUCCUGGAAAGCUUGGGAAGACAGACGGCAAAACGGAUGCAGCAAAGUACAAAGAAAUACUGGAACAAAACCUGAAAAAGUCUGCAACCCUGCUCCUGGAAGGACCCCACCCUGCUUGUUUUAGAUCUCUGAUAAUAAUCAUUUGAAUCAGGUGUGAUAAGGCAGGGAGAGCUCUAAAACAUGCAGGGCGUUGUGCCUCCAGGAGCUGGGAUGAAAAACACUAAAGUGCUAGUGGCUUGGGACUUCCAGCAGAACAAUGGCCCCAAACAUAGACAUUUUUCCAUUUAAAAAAAAAAAAUGUUACUUUAUCAUUAUGGGGUAAUGAGUGUAGGUUGAUGGGGAACAAAAUUAAUUGAAUCUCUUUUAGAAUAAACCAAAUGAAACAUUGAAAAUCAGGGUUCUUCAGGGGUGGGGGAACCCCCAGUGGCUUUCCAAUAUCAGAAGUCUACUCCAGUCUACAUGUUGUCAGACAGAAGUGCUGUUUUAUAACAGAGUGAGUGAUAUCAUGAUCCUGUUCAGAUUCUGGAUGCUAAUCUGCUUGGAUGUUUUUACUUUUGGUAAUACAUGCAAAGAAGGUGAAAGGAUGAGUAGACAGAAUAGAGGCUGUGAACCAUGCCCUGAGAAUUACUUUAGUAACAGACCAAAUGACUCUCAGCAAUGUCAACCCUGCACCAAAUGUAAAGUAGACCGUGGAAGUAAGGUAGUGAUAAACUGUUCAAAGACUUCUGACACUAUAUGUCAGUGUCGUAGCGGAUUCAUUAGCAGGGAUUCAGUCUCUUCAAUCUGCAAGUGUCCAGAAGGCUCUGGCCUGGAACAAUCAGGUUCAGAAAAAGUUUGCCAUCCAUGUCCGCAGGGAUCCUUUACCGCCAGAUAUGAUUCUGAAUGUGUGCCAUGGAAAACGUGUAGGAGUGGGGUGAAGACUGUGGGUAACAAAACGUCAGAUGUGAUCUGUAAUGAUGACCCAGAGUCAAAUGGGACUAAGUUCCCCCCAAUACACCCCACAUCCCCCACAGCCUCCCCCCAGACCGUAUCAACCAUGACAACGCCUCAUCCCACUGCUGCUUCUGUCACACCAGUCAUUACCAGCGAGGGUCCCAAAGCUCCCAAGUCAACAGAAAACUAUGAAAAUGUAAUUACUCUUAUUGGAGUCGUCCUACUGCUUACUGUUCUGUUAACUGCUGUGACCUGCAAACUGAUCAUCAUUCCUUGCAUCAAGGACUACAAAAACCCAACUAUCAUAACAGCUCAAGAGUCACUGUGUCGGAAGCCAGUGGAAGAAAGUGGGGACAGCAGUCUGUCCUCCCUGGUAAAACCACCAACCUUGGAGGAGCCAUGAAGGAGACACCGCUAUCUGUGUCACAGCAAAACAUAUCUGGUAAAGAGGUGAAUGGAACCCAGACUAUGGGGUAAAGAAGAAAAGGGCUGUCAUUGAUACACAACAGAACUUACAAAGUGCAUAUUUUUAAAUCUGUCAUAAAUUAUGGGUUGUAACAUGCCCACAAUGUAGUAACCCAAGUCCGAUUCUGAUAUAUUUCGCUUGUUAUGCAACAUAACAUUUAGAAUUUAUCCUAUUCAGACAAGUUGUUCAGAUAGGUCAUUUCUAGGUACAGUGUAAAGGACUGGAGACGAUGAUAUGAAUAUAUUGCGAUUGACAUUUACCCCCAGCAUCAUAAUUUGAUUUUUACCUCAACAUAGACUGUCAUAAGCCUAAAUGUAGGCUUAUUUAGAUGGGGUUCAAUGAGAUUCACAUCUUUCCCCAACGGCAUCUUUCCCCCACAUGUUUCCAUGACAUUUCAUUCGUUUGUGUUCAGUUCCAUUGACCUCUUUGUCGUGUCUAUCAAUAUUUGAUUACCUUGUAUUCUGUUUUUACAGAGUAAGUUACAAAUACUUUUUUCUGGCUGUUGGUUGCUUUGUGAAAAUGAUGAGUUUUGAGUUAUUCUCAAAACAAGUAUUUGAAAUGUUACUUCCUUUAUAUAUUUGGUAAAUAUCUAUAGGGAAGAUUGAUGAAAAUAUAUUGGAAAUAGUUUACAAUGCAUAUAGCGUUAAAUUAUUUUG